AUGCCGCGGAAGAACGCGCUGUCGGAGCUGCUAAACGCUCACCAGCGGCAGGGAACCGCGUGUGCUGCUGUGCCUGACUCUGGAUCAUCUUGUGCUGCAUCUUGUGCCUCUAACGUGGUUUCUGCGGGCGCUAAAGAUGCAGUAGAAGCCGCGCCAUCUCCAGCUUUCGAAACGUUUCCAGUGCGACCGACUGCGUGUCGCUCUCGAGGCCGUAGCGAGCGAAACGCCGCGUACCGGAUGGAAAGAGUGUACGAGGAAGUGUCGAGACGGAAAAGCCAAGUCGUUGGAGGUCGUGGAUCGUCCAGUGGAGCGGCAGAUACCGACGAUAGCGCCAUGGCAGCGGCUGUUACUGCUGCUACUUCAGAUGAUAUUGCUGCUGGUACUUCUUAUGAGAGUGGGCGUAUUUUCUGCGCGUCUCAGGACCAAGAAGGAAAACUUUGGAGGCAUAAAGGGCAGCAGAAGGAUACGGAGCUGCGUCGUGUAUCACUGUCGAGACCAAAAGAUAGGAAAAGACCUCGAGGAGGUAUGAAAAACGUCGGCUUCGUCGCUCCUUUGCAGCCUGCUGUGAAAGAAGUGUCUUCUUGUCAAACGGCAGGUGAGUGGCACGUGGAGAUGUCCAGUGCUGGUGCUUAUCGUCAAUAUAGUGAGGAAGAGGAAUGGAGAGAGAGACGAAGAGAACGACAGCAAGAGCGACGGAGACAUCGAUGUGCAAAAGCAAGUCGAAGAAAAUCUGGCAGUAACGAUGGGAAAGAAAGGACGCUACUGGAUGUGGAUGACGCUACCGUGCAGUACAUCGAUGCCGUGCUGGUAAAGCCGGACCCACAAGUGUUCAACAAGUAUACGAGGUUUUUCCUGGACCCGAAGCUUGAGGCACUGUACCAAGACUUUACUGCAAUUUACUGGCUUGGACGGGCCCGCUGGCACGUUGCAGUGUGGAUGGCUGUGCAUUUGUUUGUGAAUCUUUCGUAUUACACGGUUCCGAGGUCUGGAUUUGCCGGCAUGGAGCAGUUUAUGCUCUCGUACGAUUCCGUGCCGACGUUCUUCCAGUGGAUUUACAUACCGAUCGCGCUGCCAUUUGCUGUGCUGCCCAACAAGUACAAUCCGUUUCAGACACGCUGGCGCAGCUGGGUAUGUUUUAUUGUCAUCUUUUUCAACCUGACGUUUCAGAUAUGGCUAGCAGAUGCUAGUCGCCUCGCCAGCAACUCAUUCGCAACUGCUGUCCACGACCAUUUGUCCUGCAAAGCUACGAACCCAGAACUCAUGUCUAUGUUUGGGGGUGUUAACGGAAGUUUGAGCGGCAACGAUGACGGGUUGACCAGCGACACGGUCAAUAGCGCUCUGGCUUACCUCAAGGGCAAACAAAGAGAUUUGGCCAUACGCGUGACCUAUCUGUGCUCAGACGCACUGGUACAAACGCUCGUGGGAUUUGUGUCGCUGUUCAGCUUCUUGUUCGUGAUAUCUAUUCGGCUGGAGUUCGUUCAAGUUGUAGUUGUGGCAGUCUUUGGAGCCGCUACCUAUGCCAGUGUGGUGAGCGCUUUCGGUCUCCAGUUGCAGGGGCUUAUUACUUUUGCCUAUGGUACGGCGGUCAUACUCUUGCUUAUCCUGUCGUACUCGUUGGACCGCACGAACCGCCGUUCUUUUCUCUCAAACUUUUUAGUUGAAAAAGAGAAUGAGAACCUCAAAUCAUCACUUAAACUAGCUGAGGCAGCAUUGCAGAACGAUGCUGCUCACGCGGAUGAAGAACGUGAAGUUGCCCGGAUACUCGCAGCACCAGAGAUGUGCCAUUUUGAAAUGCUCCACAUCCCAUUUGCUGAUCUUACUUUUCUUCAGGCCAUUGGUCGUGGAUCAAUGGGCGACGUCAUCAAGGCUCGAUAUUUCGGCACCAUCGUCGUCUGUAAGCGCAUGCGUCGAGAAUACAUCGUUGAGUCCGGUAGAGGCCGGGAUCGAAAUGAAAGCCGGGAUGUGUCUCAUGCUGAUAGCGCGUUGGCUAGUUUCCGUGAUGAGAUUGAGCUUAUGUCGUGCCUGCGACAUCCGAAUAUUGUUCAGUUCAUAGGUGCAAGCUGGGACAACGCGUCCAAUCUAUGCAUCGUGAUGGAGUAUAUGGAGAAUGGUGACAUGCACCGUGUACUGCACUCGGGACUGGGAAAGAACUUUACGUGGGUAGAUCCUCUGCUCAAGAUGGCGGUUGAUGCUGUGCAAGGCAUGCUUUAUCUCCACUCGCAAGAACGUCCGGUGGUCCAUCGUGAUCUGAAAAGUGUUAACAUCCUCUGCUCUGCUACCUUCGGCUGUAAAGUAGGUGAUUUCGGCCUCAGUCGCCGAUACAAGAAGGGUGUCGACGCGCUUACAACUCUCGUUGGUACCCCGUUUUGGCUCGCUCCCGAGAUCAUCCGCAGUGAGCGAUAUGGUCCAGAGGCUGACGUCUAUUCAUUUGGCAUCGUACUCACGGAGCUUGAGACUCGCCAUACUCCGUACCACGAUCAAGAAGAGACAGGAUUGAAGGUACUUAUGCGGGUGGCACACAAGGGACUGCGUCCAUCGUUGCCCUCGAGUUGCCUGCCCGAGCGUCGCAGGCUCAUUGAAGAUUGUCUCCGCGAUGUUCCUGCGCGACGUCCGACUUUUGCACAAGUCCUCUCACGGUUACAAGGCCCCGUGCUACUUGAGAUUGAGGGCCACGUUGCAACUCAGCCUGAUCUUGAACGACGGGCGCGACUGCGGCGCCAUCAGGAGCGUCGGAGUCUGUAA